AGAAAGGAGGGGGGGGAACCACAGAAGGCAAGGACAGGGGAAUUGAGAAAAGCCAACAGCAACAGAAUCCAGGCAGACAUCUGGCAGAAUGUCAAGGCGUGGAAAGCACAGCUGGAUUUUGUAAAUGCCCGAGAAAAUUAAUACCAUACCCAGAAGGGCGGUGGGGUGGAGUGGAGGUUGUUUUUGGAACUCGGGGCCAGCAAAAACUCGCUCGAUUUACACUGUUACAUCAAAAGGGGCUUGGGAGAGUCUUGCAGGGAGGGGAAAGUGUUGUUCUGAGUGCUUGUCUGCCAUGUAGACAUUGAGCAGCGAAGUGUUGGGGAGAGGAAAGCGGUUUGGGGCAGUGGGAUGGAGAGAGAGAAGGUGAGGAGUUAAAAAAAUGUGUAGCUGGGAGUAGCAGGAUCACUGCAUGUUGGUUGGGCUGUAAACUGCUGAGAUCAUAAGUGUUUUCAAGCGAGGAAGGAGACAGCAGGGAAGAGGAGGCUACAGAAAGUUGGAUUUUGGGGUGAGAGGGAGGAAGAGGGAGGCAUGGAGCACACAACCAAAUUCCUCGUGGGUCUGCUGUUGCUGUUGCAAGAGUCUGUUGUUCAUCCCUAUUCAGUUCCAGCAGACGCCUCUAAUCCCGAAAGCGUGGUUGUGUCUGUGCUGAACAUCACCGCCAAGGCAGGCUCUCGAACUGUCCUCUCUUGCAAGAGCUACAGGAUGGUGUGGACCCAGGACCGCCUGAAUGACCGCCAGCGCGUGGUCCAUUGGGACCUGUACAGAAACCAGUAUGGAGACUACAACGCUGAGCGACUGUGUGACAUGUAUUCGGCUGGAGACCAGCGAGUCUACAGCGUCUAUAACCAAGGGAGGAUCUUCAUGCCCGAAAAUGCGUUUGUGGAUGGCAACUUCUCAUUGGUGGUCAAAGACAUUGAUGAGAGCGACCAAGGCGUGUACUCUUGCAACCUCCACCACCAUUAUUGCCAUCUGUACGAAACGGUAAAGGUACAACUCGAUGUCACCAAAAAAGCUCGAGAAGUGCAGAGGUACUGGGAUGGGGAGAAGGUGGUGAUUGUGGCCCUGAAGGAGAGCACCGUGGUACUCCCCUGUAUCAACCGGAACCAAAUUUGGACCGAGCGGCACGAUGAGGAGGAUCAGCAAGUGGUCCACUGGGACCGGCAGCCACCGGGUGUGCCUCACGACAGGGCUGAUCGCCUCAUUGACCUGUAUGCUUCCGGAGAAGGGCGUUCGUACGGGCCCUUGUUUAUCCAGCAAAGGAUGAAUAUCACCGACAAGGCUUUUGCCCUGGGCGACUUCUCCCUGAGGAUAUCUGCUCUGGAAGUGGCUGAUGAAGGCAUCUAUUCCUGCCAUCUCCACCAUCACUACUGCGGCCUUCACGAACGCAGGAUCUUCCAGGUCUCUGUUGUGGAGCCGGAACCGGAGAAGAAGGUGUUGGUGAAUGUCACUCGUCACAAUGCGCCAGCUUUAGAUCCAAAUGCAGGCCAUGGCCACAACGUGAUCAAUGUCAUCAUUCCUGAGAGCCGUGCUCAUUUCUUCCACCAGCUGGGCUACAUCCUGGCAACACUCCUGCUCUUCAUUCUACUCCUGAUCCUCGUGGUCCUUGUUACCCGCAAACGCCGGAGGAGAGGCUUUGAGUGCAACGUGAAGAAAUUUGACGAGAAAGAGAUGAGUCUCAGGGAAUUCCCAGCCAACACACCAGAUUUAUCCAACUGCAAAAGUGAAGACAUCCGGCUGGAUUACAAGAACAAUAUCGUGAAGGAGAAGGCCGAACAAACCAGGGUCCUCCCUGCUAAGAACAUUGACUUAGAUAAAGAUUUCAGGAAAGAAUACUGUAAAUGAAAGGAAUGAAGCAAAGCUGCUGGCUGGACCAGAAGCACCAAUCAGGAAUGAAAUGAACAAGAGAAGUGCUGUUUUUGCCUUAUUACAACAUCCUUCCAGUAACCAAAGAGCUCUCUGUAGUCUUGGUGGCAACAAACAGAUAGAUGAUAACUUACAGUGCAAUUCUAUACAUAUUUACUUGGAAGUAAAUCUGAUUGAGUUGUAUUCAACUUUAGUCACGCCCAGGGUAGACACAUUUAAAUUAACUGAUUGUAAGUUUCUGGCCAUGCUUCGAAGCCACUCUGCCCUCGGCUGGACACAUCUCCCUUCCCACUGCUGACUUCAGACCUUUCAGGACUGCCCACAGCCAAGCAUCAGGCCAGUCACUGUCUCUGCCUGAGUCAGACAGUAACCUGGAGUGGUGGCAAUGGGUUGAUCUACCAUUCAGUUGCGAAAACUGUCUGAAGCAGAAUUGUUUUAAAAAAAACAACGCACUCGAGUUGACCCAACCACGUUUUAGAGUGAAAAGGGGCAACGUUUGACUAGCAUUGUGUGCUCCUGUCUUCAGAAAACAGAGGUGGAGGCACACUGGAACUGGCACAAGAGUAAAUGUGUCUCUACCCUUAGUCUUGGCCAUUGAUUUCAGUGGGUCUACGCUGAGUAUGACUAACAUUGGAAAGAGCCCACUGUAUCCAAUGGAAUCUAUUCCUUAGGUCGCAGUCCUAUACACGCUUACCUGGCUAGGAGUAAAUCCAAUUGAACUCAAUAGGGCUUGGUAUAGGAUUGCACUGUUAAAACUUCCUCUUUCUUAUACUAUACAGUGAUUAUUUAGGGAGGGCAGGGUGCGUUUUUGUUUUUAUUUUGGGCAUGAUUGCUAACUUUCCCUCCUUUCUGACCCCCUUUCUUUUUCUGUUCGUAAUUAUUUUGUUUAAUUUGUAUCAAUCUUCUUAGUUUUCCCCCUCAAACUGUCUUUUUUCAACUAGCUGGAAAAAAAUAGGAAUGUGGAUUACUGUUAAACACAGAA